AUGGAAUAUCUGUCUAAUGGUGAUGAGUUUGAAAAGAAUGGGCAAUUUUCAGCCGAAGCACUCGACAUAGCAACAAGAUUCCAAAAAUUACAAAAUUCUGUCGUUUCAUACAAAAAGAGAAAUGAAAUUCUUGAGAAAGAAAAAGGUGAAUUAAUCAACAAACUUUAUGAUUUAAACUUAAAAAAUGAUCAGUUGCAAACGACUUGUAAUGAAUUGAACGCACGUUUCGAUUCCGAAAAAAGGAGAUGGCAACAAAGGGCUAAUGAAUCAGAUCUUGAGGUUCAAGCGUUAAAGAAACGGCUUAUAGAAUUAAAAGAUGAAGCAUCAAGAUAUCAAUCUGCACUGGGUGAAGCAACCAAUGUUCGGUUUGGUGAUGAUGAUAGUAAUAAUCAGGUGCAACUUUCAAAAUCAAUUGUUGAAAUGCAAAAUCUAUUAAUGGAUUUCACUACGGUUAAAGGAAAAGAUAUUACGAUUAAUGAAAAAGCUGCUUUUGACCUCUUGACCGUGUAUAACUGCAAAUCAAAAGGAAAACCAGUGUUAAGUGCUGCCUUACAACGAAAAACUUUUGAAGCAUUGAUUUAUUAUACAAAUAAAUAUCUUAUGCGACCAUAUCGACAAAAAACUGUACAGCCAUUAUCACCACAGCAACAAACCUUUCAACAACUAAAUCAACAUCCUUAUCCAGGUCAACAAUAUCAACCAUAUCCACCAUAUCAACAUUACCCACAAGUUCAAUAUAAUCAAAGAAAUUCAAUACCUCCUCCUCCUCCUCUUGAAGAUGACGAGCUUGAAUCAGAAAUCGCAAUCCAAAUGACAAAGUUAUGUAGUUUAAUUAAUCAACUUGCUGAAACUAGAAAAGGUUCUGAUGAAAUCACACGUGUAGCACCUGUAAAAGUCCGACAACAAAUUUAUGCAGUAUUAGGUUCACGAGGGUUUUGCAAAGAUAAUCAUUCAAUCAUUGAAAAUUUAGCAAAUAAAAUUUUAGAAACUACAGGAAGAUACCGGAAAAUUA